CCCCUACGGACGCAUGCUUGGAAGACAUGCGCUUUGCAGCAAAGUCCUCCUUUUCUCCACACACGCUUCUAAGCCUCGGCACAUCUCCUCACAUCGCUACUAACUACACUUUAUUCAUCCUCCGUGUCAGGAUAAACUCCACUCGUCUCAGCCAAAUUUGGAGAUUAUUAGGCCCGCUUAGCUUGAUAGUUGUUUGAGCGCGCCAAUUAGCUUAGCAUGCUAGUUAGCUUAGCAUGUUAGCCGCUAACAAAGAGACGCAGAUUUGAUCAACACAUCGCUUAGUUAAGAUCAAGUGUGAGUGUAAAGUGUUGUGAUUGUGUGAAAAUGUGCGAAAGAACGAUAGCAAAGUAUGAGGAAUAACUUUGUUGUGUGAAAAUGUGUGAAAGAACGAUAGCAGAGUACAAAGAGGAACUUUCUCGGACAAAAGAAGAGAACGAGAGACUACGUCAACUAUUGGAGGCUGUUUUCAAGAAAGCUCAAGUUGUGUUACACAGAACAGACCUCAAUAAAGAACAUCUUCCUCAUGAGCAGGAAGAAGAGCCACAGCCCCACCACAUUAAAGAGGAAAAAGAGGUACCACAUUCCCAACACAUUAAAGACGGAGGAGAGGACCCACAGCCCCCCCACAAUAAAGCGAAACAUGAGACGCCACAGACCCAUAAUGUUAAACUGACCCUUCACAUUAAAGGGCAAGCGGAGGACCCACUGAACUUACACAUCAAAAAGGAAGAGGAUGACCUACUGACCCCUCACUUUAAGGAGCAAGAGAACCCACUGAACCCUCACAUUAAAGAGGAAGAGGAGGACUCACUGACCCCUCACUUUAAAGAGGAAGAGGAGGACCAAGAGGCGCCGCACAUUAAAGAGGAAGAGGAGGAAGAGGGCAUCAGUCAGCCUAAAUGGUUGGAGGAGUUCCCAGUGACUGGUGUCCCUGUGAAGAGUGAAGAUGAUGAGGUGAAAGGUGAAAGUGAGGAGAGGGGAGGGGGGGAGCCUCCAAGCAGCAGCUCAACACAACACAUGACAACAGAAGCUGAUGGAGACCACUGUGGAGGAUCACAAGCAGACAAGCUCUUAGCUCCACUAUCAGAUAGUGAGGACACAACGUCACACUCUCCUGACACGGAUGAUGAAGACUCUAAAGAUGAUAAGACAUGUCACACUGACAACACUCACUUCACAUCUUCUCACUCUCACAAAACUUUUAAAUACCGUCGUAGUCUGAAAAGACACAUGAGAACACACACUGGAGAAAAACCUUUUUCAUGUUCAAUCUGCGGUAAAGAUUUUACUCAGAGGCCAGAUUUUAAAGUACACAUGAGAACACACACUGGUGAAAAACAUUUUUCCUGUUCAACCUGUGGUAAAGGUUUUGCACACAGUAGCAAAUUGAAAAGACACAUGAGAACACACACUGGUGAAAAACCUUUUUCCUGUUCAAUCUGUAGUAAAGGUUUUACACGAAGUCAGAGUUUGAAAGAACACAUGAGAACACACACUGGUGAAAAACCUUUUUCCUGUUCAAACUGUGGUAGAGGUUUUACACGAAGUCAGAGUUUGAAAGAACACAUGAAAAUACACACUGGUGAAAAACCUUUUUCCUGUUCAAUCUGUGGUAAAGGUUUUACACAUACUAACAAAUGGAAAAGACACAUGAGAAUACACACUGAGGAAAAACCUUUUUCCUGUUCAACCUGUGGUAAAGGUUUUACAGAAAGUCAGAGUUUGAAAGUACACAUGAGAACACACACUGGUGAAAAACCUUUUUCCUGUUCAACCUGUGGUAAAGGUUUUACAGAAAGUCAGAGUUUGAAAGUACACAUGAGAAGACACACUGGUGAAAAACCUUUUUCCUGUUCAACCUGUGGUAAAGGUUUUACAGUAGGUCAGAGUUUGAAAGUACACAUGAGAACACACACUGGUGAAAAACCUUUUUCCUGUUCAACCUGUGGUAAAGGUUUUACACACAGUCAGAGUUUGAAAGUACACAUGAGAACACACACUGGUGAAACAUGACAUUCCUGUUCAAUCUGCAACAGAAGCUUUAGUGAGCGAUCAACCCUUGUAAGACACAUGAGAAGACACCCAGGAGAGAAAGUGUUGAGUUGCAGUGUGUGUGGUGAAAGAUUGUCUUCUAAGUAGCAGUGUAAGAAACACAAGUGUGCUGGUGAGAACAGCAGCAGCAAAUGAAACUGCAGGAUUUGAAAUAAACUGUCCAGACUUUCAUUUUGACUUUCUAACAACAUCAGCACAUAUAACAUGUGUGACAUUGUUGUUUGUCUAACACAAUCUUGUUAACAUGCUUCUAUAUUUACACACCAUUUUUUCAGCCCAUUGUAUGCAUUAUUGUGCAACAUUGUUUAGUUUUAUAUUGACAUACAUUAUUGCAAGAGGAACAAUUUUACAAAAAUGGUCAGUAAAUCCAAAAAAGUACAAAAUAUGUGAUACAUUCAAAUUCCAUUUAAUGUACAAACAAUUUGUACAAAAUUAUUCCCUUUUAAAAUGUGUGACUGUAUGUGUAACAUUGUUGUUUCUGUAACACUAUUUUAAUAUGCUUCUACAUUUGAAGAUUGGAUAUUUUGUAUUAGUGUUUUUUUUAGUCGAGUACCUACAUUAAUAUGCAACAUUGUAUACCUUAAUUAAAAAUUGAACAGAACAAUUUGACUGAAAAGGUGAGAGUAAACAGUACAAGACAUAUUUUACAUACAUUAAAAAAUGUAAGUGUAUAUAUAUUCAUCAUACAAUAUUAGACUUAUUCAUAAUAGUGUUUUUUAUAGGUGUUUGAAAUAUUGAGGUUUGACAUAUUUUUAUUUGUAAUUGUUAAUAAUCCCAUAGAUUAGCACUUUUAUAUGAUAUACAUAUGUACUGGUUCACAUCUGAAACAUCUUCUGGACCACUUCAGGAAGCAUAUUAUUAUUUACUUUAUACAUCAUUUAAACAGUUGUCUUUUAUACAAUUUUAAAAUGUGUAACCUUAUGAAUUAUUUGUUGGGUCUCUAUAGUCAAUUUUAUUAAUUAUCUUUAUUACUCUCUUUUGUAAUAUGAUGAUUGUGUUGUGAUUGUUUUAAAUGUAUGUCCCCAGACCGUUAUGUAAUAUAAAAGUGAGAGAAAAUGACUGAAUUGUUUGUGGAAGGAUGGUUUUGUUUUUACUUACAUUUGUGGAUAAAAUCAAACAUUCCAUUAUUGUCUCUUAAACAUUUUGUACAAUUUUUUUUAUUUUUUAACAUCCCGAAAACAUUAUUAAUUUCAGUAAACAAGUUUGGAGUGUCAGGCAAAAGCCGAUAUUGUACAUCAUCCCGCUGAGAUUUCCUUUGCAUACAUUCUUAUAAUAAACACUUCAUUUUGUUUUGCUAUCACAGAAAGAACAAAUGUUGUCUUCAAUUGCAAAACAUCUUUAAAAGUAUUUUAAGUGGUGAAUUCCGGGGUUUUUUUUGUUUUUUUUAUGAACUCCUUUGCCUUUGGAAGAAUGAAAACUUUACAGUUAUUUGUAUUUUUUGUUUGUUUUUUUGUUCUAGAGAAAAUACAGCAAAUAAGAAAUA